CGCUCUACGCCGUCGUGUGCGUCGUGGGGCUCCUGGGCAACGUGCUCGUCAUGUACGGCAUCGUCAGGUACACCAAGAUGAAAACGGCCACCAACAUCUACAUCUUCAACCUGGCGCUCGCGGACGCGCUGGCCACCAGCACGCUGCCCUUCCAGAGCGCCAAGUAUCUCAUGGAGACGUGGCCCUUUGGGGAGCUGCUCUGCAAAGUCGUGCUGUCCAUUGACUACUACAACAUGUUCACGAGCAUCUUCACGCUCACUAUGAUGAGCGUGGACCGCUACAUCGCCGUGUGCCACCCGGUCAAGGCGCUCGAGUUCCGCACGCCGGCCAAGGCCAAGAUCAUCAACGUGUGCAUCUGGGUGCUCUCCUCUGUCAUCGGAGUGCCCAUCAUGGUCAUGGCGGUCACCAAGACGAAAGAUGGGAUGGUGUUGUGCACACUCCAGUUCCCCGAUCCCCCCAUCUACUGGGACACCGUGACCAAGAUCUGUGUCUUCAUCUUCGCCUUCAUGGUGCCUAUCUUGGUCAUCACCAUCUGCUACGGGCUCAUGAUCCUCCGCCUGAAGAGUGUCCGCCUUCUGUCUGGCUCCAAGGAGAAGGACCGCAACCUGCGCCGCAUCACACGCAUGGUGCUGGUGGUCGUCGCAGCCUUCAUCAUCUGCUGGACGCCGAUCCACAUCUUCGUCAUCAUCUGGACCUUGGUGGACAUAGACAAGAAGAACCCCUAUGUGGUGGCCGGCUUGCACUUCUGCAUCGCUUUGGGUUAYACCAACAGCAGCCUCAACCCUGUCCUCUAUGCGUUCCUGGAUGAGAAUUUCAAGAGGUGCUUCCGAGAGCUGUGCCUGCCUUUCCGGGCCCGCACGGAUCCCAAGGGCUUCUCCCGCGGCAGAGGCACCGUGAGGGAGCCCGUGUCCACCUGCACGCGCUCCGAGGGCCUCCGCCAGCCRGCCUGA